AUGAGUACAAAAGAUGUUCUUCGUCCAGUGACCAACUUCUCCUCUACCUUGUGGGGUGACCAAUUCCUACGUUACGAAUUUGACCCUCAGAUUAUGAAAGAAUAUGCCAACGAGGUUAAGAUGUUGAAGAAUACAGUGAGGAAUCAAAUAACAGAUCAAGAUAUGGGAAUGAUGGAUGCUAUGAAUCUCAUUGAUACACUCGAACACCUAGGCAUAGCAUAUCAUUUUGAAAAUGAAAUUUCAGAGAAAUUACGAGAAAUUUAUGACCUCCUCGAUACCGACAAAUAUUGUGAUCUCUACACAACUGCUCUUCAUUUUCGGAUACUCAGGCAGCAUGGGUAUCAUAUAUCUUGCGAUAUUUUUCUCAAAUGGUUGGAUGGUAAUGGAAAAUUCCAGGAGUCCAUUAAGAAUGAUAUAAGGGGUUUGUUAGCCUUGUAUGAAGCAACACAUCUGAGAAUACAUGGAGAAAGCAUAUUAGAUUAUGCACAUGUUUAUACUAGGACCGGUUUAAAAAAUGUGGAACAAAGUCUCCAUCAAUCACCCCUAGAGAAACAAGUCGAGCACGCGUUAGUGCAAGCCCUACACUUGGGCUGUCCAAGAAUCGAAGCACGAUUCUUCAUCUCCAUCUAUGAAGAGGAGGUUGAACACCGGAAUGAGUCAUUGUUAAACUUGGCCAAAUUUGACUAUAAUUUACUUCAAAUAUUACACAAGAAAGAGCUUCAAGAAUUGUCACGGUGGUGGAAAGAAUUGAAUCUAAUAUCAAAACACAAAUAUGCCAAGGACAGAUUAGUUGAAUGCUAUUUUUGGGCUGCAGGAGUGUACUAUGAACCCGAAUAUUCGCGCGGACGUAUUAUGCUUACAAAACUUAUGAUCAUUAUAUCAAUAACAGAUGAUACGUAUGAUGCUUAUGGCACGCUUGAAGAGCUACAAGCUUUCACAAAAGCAAUAGAAAGAUGGGAUAUUGGGGAGAUUGUUAAACUCCCAAAUUACAUGAGAGAAUUCUAUAAAACUACUCUAGAGCUCUAUCAAGAAUUUGAAGAUGAGCUAAGCAGUGAAGGAAGGUCCUACGCAAUAAAAUACGCCAUCGAUGCUCACAAGGAAUUGGUAAGAAACUACUAUACUGAGGCCAAGUGGUUCAUGCAAGGAAUAUAUCCAACCUUUGAGGACUAUCUUAGCAACUUUCAUAUUACUUACACCUAUUUUUAUCACACCAUGGUGUCACUGUUGGGAAUGAAAUCUGUGACAGAGAAGGUAUUUGAGUACCUACACCAGAAACCUAAUAUGAUUGUUGCUAGCGGUAUCAAUUGCUGGCUCAUGGAUGAUAUCACUAGUUAGAAGGUACAAGUGAAAAGUUAUAUUAUGCCAAUAUGUCUAAAUACAUUAAUUUGAUUAUUUGUUAACAUAUAUAUUGUAGGGUAAACUGUUUUUUUAGUCUCGUAACUGGACCCCUUUAUCAUUUUAGUCCCGUAAGUAGAGCCUAUUUGCAAACUAGUUCCAUAAGUGAAAAAAUUUCGUUGUUUUAGUCCUCCGCCGCCGGAGACGCCCGCGUGGC